CUUACAUAGAGAAUUGGUUUUCUUGUUGUUGAAUUAAUAAUUAUUGCCUGUAGCUCUUCCAGAGUUACUGCCGGUCCCAAGCCCGGGUAGAGGAGGAGGGUUGGGCAUGGGGUUAGCGUCCCCAUCCCGUAGAAACCUAACUCGCUAAAAAAACGCUAACCAGAAAAAAUAACUCAAACCAUUUAAACUCUGCCCUGGGAGUUAGAGGUAAUAUGACGCUUCAUGGUGAAAGCCGAGUUCCUUCGGAAGCCACGAGGCCGAUGCCCCUUCUAACAACCAGAGCAACAAUUUUUAUAGGUACAUGGAACGUCCGGACAAUGUGGGAGACCGGGAAGACCAGUCAAAUAGCAACGGAAAUGAGGAGAUACAACUUGGCAGUGCUGGGAAUCAGUGAAACCCAUUGGACCCAAGCUGGACAACAAAGGCUAAAUACUAGAGUGAUGAUGCUAUACUCCGGUCACGAAGGGGAAAAUGCUCCACACACUCAGGGAGUUGCUCUAAUGCUAUCCAAAGUAGCACGAAAUGCACUUGUAGGAUGGGAAUCUCACGGAUCCAGAAUCAUCAAAGCAUCAUUCAAAACAAAGAAGGAGGGGAUCACAAUGAACAUUAUCCAAUGUUAUGCACCCACCAAUGAUAGCAACGACGACGUUAAAGAUCAAUUCUAUGAGAGGCUGCAAUCAAUCAGAGAAGUGCCCAAGAAAGGACCUCACCAUUCUGAUGGGAGAUCUAAACGCCAAAGUCGGAAUGGACAACACCGGAUAUGAAGACAUCAUGGGACUACAUGGACUGGGAGAGAGAAACGAAAACGGGGAAAGAUUUGCAAAUCUGUGUGCAUUCAAUAAAUUGGUUAUAGGCGGUACAAUAUUUCCACACAAACGUAUACACAAAGCUACAUGGAUCUCACCGGACCACACCACAGAGAACCAGAUAGAUCAUAUUUGCAUCAAUAAAAAGUUCCGAAGGACAAUGGAAGAUGUGAAAACCAGGAGAGGAGCGGACAUAGCUUCAGAUCACCACCUGGUUGUGGCCAAAUUGAAACUGAAGCUAAAGAAGAACUGGACAACUGGACAAACAGCACCACAAAGGUUCAAUACAGCCUUCCUUCGAGAUACUGACAAACUCAAUGAAUUCAAGGUAGCUCUCAACAACAGGUUCCAAGCCUUACAGGACCUACUGAAGGAAGAAGAAACUACUAUGGAGGAUAGCUGGAAAGGCAUCAAAGAAACAUUAACUUCAACGUGUGAUGAGGUUCUGGGCCCCAAGAAGCAUCAUCACAAGGAAUGGAUCUCUACAGAAACCCUGGACAGGAUCAAAGAAAGAAAGAACAAGAAGACAGCAAUUAACAACAGUCGAACAAGAGCAGAGAAAGUCCAAGCACAAGCAGAGUACAUAGAAGCAAACAAGAAAGUGAAGAAGAGCAUUAGAGCUGACAAGCAAAAAUACGUGGAAGAACUAGCAACGACGGCGGAAAAAGCUGCAAGAGAAGGAAAUAUGAGACAGCUUUACGAUACGACGAAGAAGCUUGCAGGGAAAUACAGUAAACCAGAGAGACCAGUCAAAGACAAAGAAGGAAGACCGAUCACUGAGAUUCAACAACAGCGGAACAGAUGGGCAGAGUACUUCGAGGAACUCCUGAACAGGCCGGCUCCAAUGAAUCCACCGGACAUCGAAGCAGCACACACAGAUCUUCCUAUAAAUGUCAAUCCACCAACGACGGAAGAAAUCAGAAUGGCCGUCAGACAAAUCAAGAGCGGGAAAGCAGCAGGGCCUGACAAUAUACCAGCUGAAGCGUUGAAGUCAGACAUCGAAGUAACUACAAGCAUGCUUCAUCUUCUAUUCAAGAAGAUUUGGGAGGAGGAACAAGUGCCGAUGGAUUGGAAAGAAGGACACCUCAUCAAGAUUCCAAAGAAAGGAGAUCUGAGCAAGUGUGAAAACUACAGAGGCAUUACACUACUGUCAAUACCAGGUAAAGUCUUCAACAGAGUGUUACUGAACAGGAUGAAAGACGCAGUAAACGCUCAACUUCGAGAUCAACAAGCUGGAUUCCGUAAGGACCGGUCGUGCACAGACCAGAUUGCGACACUACGGAUCAUCGUCGAACAAUCAAUUGAGUGGAACUCGUCACUCUGCAUCAGCUUCAUUGAUUAUGAGAAGGCAUUUAACAGUGUAGAUAGGAGGACGUUAUGGAAACUUCUUCGACACUAUGGAGUUCCUGAGAAGAUUGUCAACAUUAUCCAGAACUCAUACGAUGGACUACAGUGCAAAGUAGUGCAUGGAGGACAGCUGACUGACGCAUUCCAAGUAAGGACCGGAGUAAGACAAGGCUGUCUACUCUCUCCCUUCCUGUUUUUCCUGGUGGUCGACUGGAUUAUGAAGACCUCGACAUCUGAGGGAAACCACGACAUACAAUGGACAGCUCAGAACCAAUUAGACGACUUGGACUUCGCAGAUGACCUAGCCCUCCUAUCACAUACACACGAACAAAUGCAGAUAAAGACAGCCAGAGUAGCAGCAGUCUCUGCAUCAGUAGGCCUCAACAUACAUAAAGGGAAAACCAAGGUCCUCAAACACAACACGGAGAACAGCAGUGCAAUCACUCUUGAUGGCGAAACUCUGGAAGACGUGAAAUCCUUCACAUACCUGGGAAGCAUCGUCGAUAAACAAGGAGGUUCAGAUGUAGACGUCAAGGCAAGGAUCGGCAAAGCUAGAGCGGCAUUCCUUCAACUGAAGAACAUAUGGAACUCAAAACAACUUUUAACCAAUAUCAAAGUCAGAAUCUUCAAUACGAACGUCAACGCAGUUCUACUGUACGGAGCUGAAACUUGGAGAACUACAACAACCACCAUCAAGAAGGUACAGGUAUUUAUUAAUAGCUGUCUACGCAUGAUACUCAACAUCCAUUGGCCGGAUACCAUCAGCAACAGCCUUUUGUGGGAGAGAACCAACCAGCUUCCAGCGGAAGAGGAAAUUAGGAAAAGACGAUGGAAAUGGAUAGGACAUACAUUGAGGAAAUCAUCAAACUGCAUUACGAGGCAAGCGCUAACUUGGAAUCCUGAAGGGAAGUGGAAAAGAGGAAGGCCAAAGAACACAUUACGUCGGGAAAUAGAAGCAGAUAUGAAAAAGAUGAAUAAGAACUGGAAAGAGCUUGAAAGGAUUGCCCAGGACAGGGUUGGAUGGAGAAUGCUGGUGAGCGGCCUAUGCUCCUUCACGAGGAGUAACAGGCGUAAGUAAGU